AAAUAACAGUGGCAAGUUGAUCAUCUCCGGUACGAUGCCUCGCAAAUCAUUAUUUUUCAUUGUGCUAUUAUUCAGCUUUGUUCUAUAUGUUGAAAACAAGGCGAUUGAAAAUCGAAAUUUUCAAUCUAAUAUUGCAAAUAGUGCUUCGAGGAUACAAGAUCAAAACAUAAAUGAAAACAUCGACUCCGAGGUAAUCAAAAGUGAACGCUCAAAUAGGAAAAUAAACCACACUACUUGUGUCGGAAAUUGUAAUGAAAAAAAACAGAAAUUUUUAAGUGAAAGCAAGCACAUAUGCCCUUAUGAAAGUAAGGAAUUGUGCUUAAUAUUCUCUUUGUCAAAAAUUGCUAAAGUUCAAGUGGCUAAUUUAAAUCAGCCUUCGACGCAUCACAGUUUAAAAUCAAAUAUUUUUGACAGUGUGUCAAAAGAUGCCAGAAAUUCAAAAAUAAACGAAGAAAUAAAGGAGGAAGGGCAGUUCAGGCUCAAUUUCGUAAAUCGAAACGAGGACAAAUAUUUCCAGAAUUCUUUGGAGAAACAGAUGAAAUCAUCGAACGUUCAUUGUCGAGCAAUUCAUGAUGUUUAUAUACCAGAAGUGAAGCAGAAUUUACCAGCUUUUGCUUGUGUAUUUGGAAAUAAUACGUUCGUUUUGUCGAGUGAAAGAUUUCUUCAAGAUCGACGAACAUAUUUGGAUAUAAAGAUUGAGGAAAAUAUAUUUAAAAAUAUAAAAUUUGCUCCGAAAAUGUCCAGAACCAAUGGAUUUGACGUGGAAAAAUCGAUCAGUCAGAAGAAAGCCGAUAAGAGAUUAUCAAGAAAUAAUCGUGUUUCAUAGAAGAUUCAAAUU